UUCUUGCAGCUUCUUUCCCCUGCAACAACCAAUAUAAACAUGAAAACAUCUGCUUUCAGAGCCUGAAAGAAGAGCAGAAUUCCUGUGAAUCAAACAGAGAGUUAAUUUGCUGCAUUUGUGGCCUAGAAGAGCCUAUUGAAAGUCGACGACAUUUGGGUGUUUUUUACUAUACUUCAAUCUUAAUCCACCCACAAAACCCUUUUAUUUCGUUUUGAAAACCUAGACAAUGCAAGUUGGUAUUGGCAUAGGCUGGCUUGCAGAAAAUCCAAGCCCUAUAAAUCCCAUAUGUGAAACAAACCUCGUCCUUAUCCUAAAUAGUUUAAAUUUCUGAACCUUCACUUUUUUCUGACAAAAAGGAAGAACCUUAACCACAAAAGGCCAUAGACAAAAUCAACAAGAAGAGAGAGGCAGGGAAGGAAGGAAGUGGGUGUUGCAAGAAGAGAAUGUCCACAACCAUGGCAAUAAGGAGGUCAAAAUGGCAGUACCCACCAGCACCAAGAAUCAUCCAUUUCCCUCGCAGGCCUCGCAGGAAGCCAACAAAGUCCACUCCUGCAAAACCCACAUUGCAGAGAGACCGGAGAGGAAAGUUGGAGACUUUGUUUGAUCAGGAGAGAGAGUUUGCCAGAGGGGUUGUGCCAAUUGUGCUGGUGAGUGGAAGAGGAGGAGGAGGAGGAGGAGAGGAUUGUGAGGGGAGGAGAGAGAGAGUGGAGGAGAGGAAGAGUAGUAGUGUGGGGGUCGAGGAGGAGAAGUGGAGGUUCCAGGCAGAGAUGUUGAGGGCAGAGUGUAAUCUUUUGAGGAUGGAGAAAGAGAUUGCCGUAAAAAAGAUGGAAAGGAGAAGAGUACAGAUUGAAAGGACACUGAGAUCCACAGUUCAAACUCUUCUAUCUGGGAGGGAGGAAAUUUGUGAAGGAAAGAACCCAAGCAUUGUUUUGGAGGAAGAGAUUCGGCAUUUGGCAGGGAAACUACAGAAGUUACAAAGGGAUUCGGGACAUAAAGAUUUUGAAGUUCGGAACUGUAGAAAUUUUGAUAAAAAAGCUUCCCUUCUUCAAAGACAACUGAAGGAGUUCGGAGAUACCUCAGAAGAGAUAUGUGUGAAGGAGAUCAGAGAGAUGGCAGAAGCAAGCUUGUCUAUCAAAGCACAAUGCAGUGUUGAUGAGAGCUUUUCAAAUACCAAUACCAAUUGCAAUAGUCCGCAGAUGGAGAUACUGAGAAAGAAAAUGGAGGGAUUGUCAAAGGGGAUAUUGUUGGAGAGAAUGGAGGAAGAAUAUGGGUCAAUGCUUCAUACAGCUAACAGUUCCACAGCCAAUUCUGCUUCCAAUUCCAAGAGAAUUGAACUUCCUGAUAAGUCUUUUACCUCGAUACGACAUCCAUACAAGGAGAUCGUCCCCAAAGAGGAGAAAGUGUGUUCAGGACGAUGCAAGGCUAUAGUAAGGAGGAUUGUUGAGCAAGUCAGGGCCGAGACAGAGCAGUGGUCCCAACUGCAAGAAAUGCUGGGGCAAGUGAGGGAUGAGAUGGAAGAGUUACAAGUUUCUCGAGAUUUUUGGGAAGAUCGAGCACUGGAUUCCGAUUAUGAAAUUCAGACCCUUCAUUCUGCCGUUCAAAAGUGGAGGGAGAGAGCUCUCUCUUCUGAAGCAAAAACAAAUGAACUACAAGCACAAUUAUCCAUUCUACAUGAGGAGGCUGAAAAAUUGAGGACGAAACAGAAUACCAAACCAGCAAUGUCAAAAAUCUCACCGCCAUGUCCUCGAGAUGCACAAAAUGAGAUGGAGAAACGGGUACUGGUUUGUCAAUUGAAGGAAAAUCAUCAUCCUAAUUCUAAUGGAGAUCGCCAGAAGCAGAAGGGAGUCUUUAAUGAUGGAAGAAGAAAAGCACACACAAGCACUAGUAGACUUGCUGCUCCGAAACGUUCUCCCUUUCGAGAUAUUGGGAAUUCAUCACCAUUAGUGAGGCAGAAUAGCAGAGCAGUUUUCCCUUUGCAUUGCCCUCUGCCUUCAACUACAGACAACAGCUACUGAGCUAAUAUCUCGGUUUCCUGAUUCCUAUGCUAGCUUAUUGAUCUUACAUAACUGUAUUGACUGAAACUUCUCAUGAGAAGAAAGAACUUUCUCUAGUUAGAAACUAUAUAGUAUGAAAUAUGAACAAUACAGUUUUGGG